AUGGCAGGUGGAGGCCUUCUAAGCGGCCUUCACGCCCAGCUCCAGGGCGGCACUGCGAGCCCCUUCGGAAGUGGCGGGAGCAUCAGUAGCCCAUUCGCCGGAGGCGCCAAGGGAGGACUCUUCGGAGGCGGCGCCAGCACGGAGGCCUCGGGUGGCUCAGGCGGCGGCCUGCUCGGAGCCCUGGGUGGCACCAGCAGUUCCGGGUUGUCCGGGGCCUUUGGUGCCAGUACAGCCGGCGGCUGGGGUCUCGGAGCAGGCUCGGGCGGAGGCUCGGGCGGGGGCCUCUCCGGCCUCUUUGGUGGGGGCAGCACCACGCCUGCCUGGGGAUUGGGAGCUGGAGGCUCUAGCUCCGCCUCUGGGAUGUUUGGGGCUGGUGCUUCAGGUGGGUGGGGCCUUGGAGCGGGUGCGGCAACAGGCUCAGCCUCGUUUGGAGGAGCUGCUGGGAGUGCCACAAUUUCGCCGUUCGGAGGCGGUUCCUCUGGCUCCGCAGCUUCGCCCUUUGCCGGCGGUGCUUCGACGGGCUCUGGAUUGUUUGGAGCAGGAAGUUCUUCAAGCUCCACCGCUUCGCCGUUUGGAGGCACUUCAACGGGCUCCGGCUUGUUCGGCGCAGGAGCUUCUUCGAGCUCGAGCACUUCCCCGUUUGGAGGAGCCUCCACGGGUUCGGGCUUGUCCGGAGCCUUCGGCGGCGGUGCCUCCACUGGAUCUGGCUUGUUUGGAUCAGGAGGUUCCGCAGGCUCCACAGCUUCGCCCUUCACAUCUGGCGCCAAUGGCUCGGGCUCGUUCGGGACAAGUGCACCCUUGGGCUCCGGUCCCGCAGUGGAACAAGGCUCGUCUGCCACAAGCGGGCUGUCUGGAGUGCUUUCCGGACUUUCUGGCCGCCCUGAAGCUGCCGAAUCUGGUGUGAGCGAUGGUGUGGCAGGCGCUCUGGCGAAGAGUGCCGCCAAGGCCCCGCCGGCCAAAGCUGGCACAGACCGGCCGCCACCCCCCGUGGCGAUCCAGCCGCGACUGACAGACGAGGAGCAUAAGCUCGUCGACGAGCUUUUCCGAAACUGGGAAGGCCGCAUCAACCAACAGGCCAAGUCCGUGAAAGCGGCCUGCUCUGCUGCAUUGGAGGUGGAAAAAGAGUACACCGACGUCUACGAGAAGGUCCAGGCUCUCAAGGAAGAGCGCGAGGAUCUCUCGCGCAAGCAGGAAGUGGCCGAGGGCUCCAUGCAGCUCAUACACGAGCAACAGGACCUCUUGGCGAAACUGCUGGAGCAACUGGAGAUGCAGCUGGAUCUUGGCUCGACCUUGCAGACAUCGCGGAGCAUGAUGAGGCUUGACGACCGCGCUGUGGCACUGGAAACCCAGCUGCAGGAGCUCACCUUUCAGGUGCGGCAGCUGGCCGAUGCGACCAUUGCCUUCGAGGCCGAGGGCGGCGGGGAUCCCCUCGACCAGGUUUCCCACCUCCUGGCUGCACACUCUAGCGAGCUGGAUGCCGUGCAGGAGCGGCUCGAUGCCACGGAGAAGAAGCUCAGGAUAGUCGAGGGCUACGUGUGA